AUGCUCUACUGCCUCCCCGACUUCAUCCACAACUACCGCUCUCUGCUACGAAGCCCGCUGCAGCCAAGCAGACGACCCUUCACCAUGACCGUCUCAUAUCCUUUUCAGACCGUUUUCGCCGUACCCAUGACAUGUGACAGCUGCGUCAAGGACGUUUCAGACUCGUUGUACAAGCUCGGGGGUAUCACCAAGGUCGAGGCCAAUCUCAAGGACCAAUUGCUUUCUGUCGAGGGCACAGCCGCACCAUCAACAAUUGUUGACGCCAUCCAAGCCACGGGGAGGGACGCCAUCUUGCGAGGCUCGGGAGGAUCAAACAGCGCGGCUGUGAGCAUCCUCGAGUCUUUUUACCAUGCAGAUGAUGCGCCUUCAAAGUUGAAUGAGCAGCGAGACCGAGAGGUCAGGGGCCUGGCUAGAAUGGUGCAGGUCUCCCCGACUACAACUCUGAUCGACAUGACGCUACGCGGCGUUGCCCCCGGGUCAUACCGAGCUACAAUCCGUGAGUACGGUAACCUGGCAGAGGGCGCAUCAUCGACGGGCCCUGUCUGGUCGGGAGGCAGUCAAGACGCCGCCGCCGCCAAGGGCUUCUUGGGUGUCUUCAACGUCGACAAGGAUGGCAGAGGCAGCGCCUAUCUCGACAAACCCUUUCAAAUCUGGGAAGUUAUUGGCCAUGCCAUGGUCGUCUCGAGACAAGAUGAGUCUGCAGGGGCGUUGAAAAAUGACCCAGACACGUUAGUCGGCGUGAUUGCCAGGAGUGCCGGCGUGUGGGACAAUGAUAAGACGGUCUGUUCAUGCACCGGCAAGACGCUGUGGGAGGAGAGAAAGGACGAGGUUGAGAAGGGUAUGCUGUAG